GGUACUGCCAUUUCAUCAGCACAUUUUCACAAACAUCUCUUCAUACCUAAUCAUGAGGCAAUCGAGAUGAAUUUACAAACAAUUUAUGGGAAAUAUGUAUUAACAUAAAGGCCCCAGACGAGUAUGGUUUUUCGUUUGGUUAUUUAAUGUAAACUCAAAGCGGGUACUAACUGCACAUUUACGCUCAAAAACAUUCGGGUGUGCUUGGAUGCCUUGCCGGAGAACUGCACUGUACCACACGUUUACAGACCGAAAGACGGCGAAAAACAUGGGGCUUACUAUUGUCAGAAACUGAGAAGCAUUACCGAGAUUACGUAAGAAAUGGAAGCUAUAUGGCUGUACCAGUUCCGGCUGAUUGUCAUUGGUGACUCGACUGUGGGGAAGUCUUGUCUGAUCAGACGCUUCACAGAAGGACGUUUUGCACAAGUGUCUGAUCCUACUGUUGGAGUAGACUUCUUUUCCCGUCUGGUGGAGAUUGAACCAGGCAAACGCAUCAAGCUUCAGAUCUGGGACACAGCAGGCCAAGAGAGAUUCAGAUCUAUCACAAGGGCUUAUUACCGUAAUUCAGUGGGUGGCCUGUUGCUUUUUGACAUCACCAACCGCCGCUCUUUCCAGAAUGUUCAUGAGUGGCUGGAGGAAGCACGCAGUCAUGUGCAGCCACAAAGCAUCGUCUUCUUAUUGGUCGGUCACAAGUGUGACCUGGAACAGCAGCGGCAAGUGAGCCAGCAGGAGGCGGAGAAACUGGCUGCUGCAUAUGGCAUGUGCUAUGUGGAGACCUCAGCACGUGACGCCAUAAAUGUUGAGAGGGCCUUCACCGAGCUGACGCGGGAUAUCUUUGAGCUGGUCAAAAGUGGGGACAUCACCAUCCAGGAGGGUUGGGAGGGAGUCAAGAGUGGGUUUGUGCCUAAUGUGGUACAUUCUUCUGAGGAGGUGACCAAGAGCGACCGCCAGUGCCUCUGUUGAUCAAGUAACUCUUGCUGGUGUAUCAUGGCUCUUCACUGCAAAACCAGUGCUGUUGUUCUACCUAAGCUUGACAUCUCCCACUACUGCAGCCCUACAAAUACUCUCUUCCCUCUUUCAAUGUUUCCUGCUCUCAUAGUAACUUCAAGUACAGUUCUUAUUCUCAAUGUAAAAUCUGUAAAGAUAAGCAACAGACAGAAAUCUGAAUUCAGUUGAGCUUUGGUAAGUCUUCAUCCACCUUGUGGCAAGAUGGAACCAGUAGAACUGAGUUGUAAGAACUGGGUAAGUAAAUGGUUGAUGCAUCUUCCAGACUGGAGAUCUCAGAUCUUCAAACACAAUAUCCAAGGGAAUAGCAACAUCCUUUAGAGCAAAGACAGAUCCAGAGUUUACACCAAAAAUUCACCCAUUAAGGUUCUCUUCGAAACAAAACGUAUCAGAGCAUGUGCAGGAAGACCAAACCAGUCAAAACAUAAUAUCUUCUCUCAUUUGCCUAUUAAGCUUCUAAUGUGUUCAACUAAGGCCACAUCAACACUAACAAUUUUGUUACGUUUACACCUCUCACCCACACUAGGAUGGUGUGAAACAGUGUUUUGAAAGCGCCCUCCAUAACUGCAUAAUUUGGAGAAAAAAUUGCAUUAGGAAACUGAAAACAGAUUAGUGUCCAUGUGGCCCAAAGAUACUCCUUAUGGUGCAUUUACAUGAUGUCAUAAUUACCAUAAUUACGGGAUUCUGGCUUAAAUAAAACAGUAAAAACCGCUCAGGUUUUCUUCAAAUUCAUAAUUACAAGUUGAGAUCUUCAGAUUUUUUGAAAGCUUGGACCGUUGUGAUUUCAAUCAAAAAGAUGACCGUUAAAAGUAGUUUACACAUUUUUUAUAUGCCAUUUUAUUAUAACCAUUGUUUACUUGUGCACUUUUUUUGUUCUUAAAAUUUUAAAGGAGCAUAUAAAGGGAAAUUGAUUAAUGUUGUGAUCAAAUAUGUCAUCGACAACAAAGCCACAUUUUGACCCAUUUUGGCGUUAUAAUCAUUGCCGUGAGAAGAAUCUCUGAGUUGUCAUCUUGUAAUUACAGUAAUUCUAACAUGAUGUGAACAUAGCAUUUAUAGUUGCGUUCAUUAAUUUCCUGUAAUUUAUAUUGGCAUAUAUUGAUUGUUUGUUUGGUGGGACCUCUGAUUUGAAGAGUUCCACAAAAGGAGGAGCAAUUCUGUUCCAUUAAAGGAAUAUUCUGGGUUCAAUACAAGUUAAGCUCAAUAGACAGCAUUUCUGACAUAAUAUUGAUUAACACAAACAUUUAUUUUGACUCAUCCCUCCUUUUAUUUAAAAAAAAAAAAAAAAAAGCAAAAAUCGAGGUUCCAGUGAGGAACUUACAAUGGAAGUGAAUGGGGCCAAUAUAUAAACGUUAAAAUAUUCACUGUUCCAAAAGUAUAACCACAAGAUAUAAACAAUAUGUGUGUAAAAAUGAUUUUGGUGUGAUAGUUUGAUAACCGUUUCUGUUUAAAGUUAUAACCAAUUUUACAACUUCUUUGCCAUGGCAUUGUAAUGUCAACAAACCCUUAAACGAUGAUUAAAACAACUUUACAGCUCAAAUAAUACAUUUGAACAGAAGAAUUAAUGCAAUUUAGAGCUUUUAUAAAAUUAUAAGCUUCACAUUUCUGACUUUAAACCCUCCAAAAACUGGCCCCAUUAACUUCCAUUGAAAGUCCCUCACUGUAGCCUCAAGUUUUGUGGUAAUCAACAUCAAUUGACCUUAACUUGUAUUUAAUCCUGAAUAUUUAUUUAAGCCUUGUUGUCUGACAAAGAUGAAGUCAAAUUAUGCCUGUAGAGACGGGAAUGUGAUAGGUACUUUUAGUUUUAUUUUAGGAAUUACCCUCUUGCUUUUCACAUAUUCAAAAUGUUUCACUAAAAAAAAUUAAAAGAUACAUAAUCAUCAAUAAAACUCAAAGAAAAACUUGGAGCCGCAUUUCCAGUUUUCUACCCUAAAGUGGUUUGAAUGACAUCCAGGGACUUCAAUUAAUUUUGGAAUUGGUUCUUCUUAACAAAGUCCACUUUCGUAACUGUUGCCUGUCACUUGAGGUUAGUAGCUGCUAAGUACUUUUUUGACUACCGGCUAACACAAUGUCAUUUAACCCACUGAAAUGACUUAACAGUGUAUUUACUGAUCUUGUGAGAGACAUGGAUGAACUAUCAAUAAAACAAGU